UCCUUUCCAGUCUCUCUGCGUUUCGGCCACGUCCGACGACUCCUUCCCUUUCCCCCUCUCUCUCAAGAAUAGGAACAGAGCGUCUCAAGAGUAGGAACAGAGCGCCCAUGGUCUCGAAAUCAAGCGACUCUGCAUCUAAACUCAGAGCGAGUGAUGCUUUUGGAACCUUAACUUGUAAGAUGCAUCAGCUGAUAAAGCAGAUUCAAGCAGACAGAGUUGUUUCAGUUAGAGAGAAACUUAAGGAGAACGGGAGGAAGCUAGAAGGUCGUGUUUCUCAGCUUUUGUUGGCGGUUACAUCAAGAAAUUGUGUAUCAGGUACGGAGAACAAUGGUUCAGGUAAAAUGCUUUCUUCAAGAGUUGAAAAUCCUCUCUGCAAGUUUAGUGGAAUUGCUCAAGGAUCAGCAUCUGGUGAUAAAGACUAUAUUAACAUUCAAGAAGUUGUAUUCUCACCAAGUGCCAAGCUUCCAUAUAUGGAGAAGAUACCUCCUUACACGACUUGGAUUUUUUUGGAUAGAAAUCAGAGAAUGGCUGAAGACCAGUCAGUGGUUGGGAGAAGACGUAUUUACUAUGAUCCUCAUGGCAGUGAAGCACUGAUCUGUAGUGACAGCGAGGAAGAGACUGUGGAACCAGAGGAAGAUAAACGUGAAUUUUCAGAGGGGGAAGAUUAUAUUUUAUGGACAGCGUUACAAGAGCAUGGGCUAGGUGAGGAAGUACUCAAUAUUGUGAGCCAAUUUGUUGGAGUUACACCUUCAGAAGUCCAGGAGCGCUACAACAUUCUCAAGAAAAAGAAUCCGGAGAAACUUGACCAAAACCUUAAAGGUUCUGGAGAGAUUGGGUCAGAGAGGAGCAUAUUUCUGGAGAAAAGCCUUAGUGCUGCCUUAGAUUCUUUUGAUAAUCUGUUUUGUCGUCGUUGUUUGGUCUUUGACUGUCGUCUGCAUGGCUGUUCUCAAAGUCUAAUUAAUCCUAGCGAAAAGCAGUCCUAUUCUUCUGAAUCCGAAGAGGAUGGGAAACCUUGCAGUGAUCAAUGUUAUCUUCGGUUAAGAGGUGCUAGAGACUUGCAAGAAGGUUCUACUAUUAGUGCCUUGUGUAGGAUUGAAUGUAAAACUUCAGAAGAGGAGAAUGGGACUUUGGUGUCCCCUAAUGCUAAACAGCCAGUUGAUAAUUUCAAAGAAGUGUCUUUUGACGGAUGCAUUGCUAAAGUACCCCAUUCAGAAAGUACCGGAAAGCACAGGGUUCCAAAACGAACAAAUACUGUGCCAGAAGACUCAACACUGGUUUCUGAUGACAUCCAGUGUUCUUCCAGUAAGAAACAGAAGAAAUUAUCAGAUUUGAAUUCACUUAGUCAGGCUAGUCAAGGCAUUAUAGCUUUGGAUAGUGAUUCUAGUCCCAAAAGCAGGGAAUUGGAAUUCGAGCCCAAUAAAAAUGAACCUGAUAUGAGCACCAAAGAUGCAAUAAAUAUAUUGACUGAAAAUGCUUCAGACAAGUUUAGUUGUCCUCUUAGUGUUUCCAAGGACGAGAUUGAGGACAAUAUCAGAGAUGCAGCAAAAGGCAUUAGCCACAUUGCUGAAGUUCCUGUUCUCAAACGGUCAUCUAAUUCCAUUGAAGGACAAGUAAAGGGGGUCUUAGGAAGUUGUGAGUGGAAACCUCUUGAGAAAGAUCUAUAUCUGAAGGGCAUAGAGAUAUUUGGGAGAAACAGUUGCCUCAUAGCCAGGAACUUACUUUCUGGCUUAAAGACUUGCAUAGAGGUAUCACGUUACAUGCUUGAUUAUGAAGCAUCGAUGCCUCAUGGAUCUAUUGUUAUACCAAGUUCAUUUUCAGAAGACAGUGGGAAAGCUGAUUCAGAUUAUGUGGAGCGAGAAAUACCCGCAAGAUCACGGUUACUUCGUAGAAGGGGCAGAACACGGAAGCUAAAAUAUUCUUGGAAGUCUGCUGGCCAUCCAGCAAUCUGGAAAAGAAUUGCAGAUGGGAAAAACCAGUCUUGUAAGCAAUAUAUUCCAUGCGGAUGUCAGUCUAUGUGUGGAAAGCAAUGCCCUUGUCUACAUAAUGGAACAUGCUGUGAAAAAUAUUGUGGGUGCUCCAAAAGCUGCAAAAACCGAUUCAGGGGAUGCCACUGUGCAAAGAGUCAAUGCAGAAGUCGACAAUGCCCAUGCUUUGCUGCUGGACGAGAAUGUGACCCAGAUGUUUGCCGGAAUUGCUGGGUUAGUUGUGGGGACGGUUCAUUUGGUGAGCCACCCAGACAAGGAGAUGGUCAAUGUGGAAACAUGAGACUUCUUCUAAGGCAACAACAAAGGAUCCUCUUGGCAAAAUCUGAUGUUGCUGGAUGGGGAGCCUUUUUAAAGAACCCUGUCAACAAAAAUGAUUAUCUUGGAGAGUAUACCGGUGAAUUGAUCUCACAUCGAGAAGCAGAUAAGCGUGGGAAAAUUUAUGAUCGUGCAAAUUCGUCAUUCCUUUUUGACUUGAACGAUCAGUAUGUCCUUGAUGCUUACCGGAAAGGAGACAAACUGAAAUUUGCAAACCACUCAUCAAACCCCAACUGUUAUGCAAAGGUAAUGCUGGUGGCCGGAGAUCAUCGAGUUGGCAUUUUUGCCAAGGAGCAUAUUGAAGCUAGUGAGGAACUCUUCUAUGAUUAUCGUUAUGGACCUGAUCAAGCACCUGCAUGGGCUCGAAAACCUGAGGGUUCCAAGGGAGAUGAUUUGUCAAUCUCUCAAGGUCGAGCAAAAAAACACCAAUCUCAUUAAAGAACCAUCUCUGCUGUCUUCAAUGUAUAUAGUUGUUUGCACGUUUGCCUGUUAAUUCCAGAUGUUUAUCUGUUAGGACCUAUUGACGGUUAUUUUUCUCGUUAGCCAACCCAUACAAAGUGCAUCAUAAAGGUAUGUAUACGAGCGUGCAUAGCUUAAAAUAUUGUUGAGGUCAAACCAAAAAAAUUGUUUGGCAAUAAUAGGCUAGAAAAUUGUCUAGCAACUCUCGAUAAUAUACACGAGAAAUAAGUGUGAUGCUGCUGGAGGGGCAUACAUCACAAUUAUAUUGUUAAUGACGGAAAUUUUUUUGUAAUACUAUUACAUUGUUUGCUAUUAUUUAUUAAAGUGUUGUAAUGAGAUAUAAGCUACAAUGCUUAACGGCGUAA